CUCUCCCACAAUGCUCACCGCCCAGAAGUGCGCCGCAGCCUGAGCUCCGCAGGCCCCAGCGCGAAGAGACCCAAUAGAACCGACAAAAGAACCGACAAAAGUCCCGAACCUCCCCCGGGACGCACGCCUCGGACCCCGGGAGUCACACGGCCCGUCCCCCCGCGGAACACCCGGGCCAGAGCGGGACCAUCCGGGCCAGAUCCGUGGAGAGGCUCAUGCGGCGCUGCAAACUUUUCGGUUUCAUCUUGCUCUUCUAAUCAGCCGCACUGUGGGAGGGGCUUGUGUUCGCCGUACGCAGGAAGGAGCCAGAGCGUGAAAAGGCGAGGGGCGGCGUGCUGACGUGAGGCAGAUGGACAGGACUCUGAAGAUGAAGAACAGUAUUUCCCACUCCCCGCCCUCUGUGGCAGUUGGGACCGGGUGAGGAGCAGCAGAGAAAAAUAGAAAAGAGAGAAGAGGUAGAAGAGAGAAAGGGACUGAACUUUGAGGAGAGAGAUAGUGGAUGGUGGACGGGGGGGCAGAGCUCUGAGCAACAGCGCCUCCCAGUGACAGGCCUGGACGGCGCGGCGAAACUCACUCGUGGUGAUGGCUGCGGCGCUCUGAGGCUGCCAUGGCAGCUGCUGCCGCCGAUGCACCACAACGUUUCACCGCACUGAAAACGGAGGAAGAGGGACGCAGCAGGCUGUACGGGACCGGCCCAGCUCAAACACGGACCGAACGAGAGCGAGAGAGGGGGAUAGAGAGGGAGAGAGAGAGGGGGAUAGAGAGAGAGAGGGAGAGAGGGAAGGAGAGAGAGAGGGGGAGAGAGAAGAGGGACGGAGGAGGAGAGGUGGGGAGAGCGAGUGAGUGCUUGGUGUGCGGGGCUCUGUUUUCUUCUCAGGACAAACUUCGGCUUCACGCUCUGAGCCACAGCGGAGAUAAACCAUUCCACUGCUCCCAGCCGCUCUGCCCCAAAGCGUUCAGCUCCAAGUACAAGCUCUUCAGGCAUAUGGCCACACACUCCCCACAGAAGUCCCAUCAGUGCACGUUCUGUGAAAAGAUGUUCCACCGUAAAGACCACUUGAAGAACCACCUGCAGACCCAUGACCCAAACAAAGAAGCCUUUAAGUGUGAGGAGUGUGGAAAGCACUACAACACCAAGCUAGGCUACAAGCGGCACGUGGCCAUGCACUCUGCCACCUCCGGAGACCUGACGUGUAAAGUGUGUCUGCAGAGCUAUGAGAGCACGCCUGUGCUACUGGAGCAUCUAAAGAGCCACUCGGGGAAGUCCUCUGGAGGAGCCAAGGAGAAGAAGCACCCAUGUGACCACUGCGACCGCCGCUUCUACACACGCAAGGACGUGCGCCGCCACAUGGUGGUGCACACAGGCCGCAAGGACUUCCUGUGUCAGUACUGCGCUCAACGCUUUGGCCGCAAAGACCACCUGACCCGACACGUGAAGAAGAGUCACUCUCAAGAGCUGCUAAAGAUCAAGAGCGAACCACCGGACAUGCUAGGCCUGCUGGCCUCAGCGUCGCCCCCUUGUGCCGUGAAGGAAGAGCUCAGCCCCAUGAUGUGCGCCAUGGGCCCGAACAAAGACCCUCUGAUGGGGAAGCCCUUCCCCAGCGCCGCACCCUUCUCUAUGGGCAUGUACAACCCCCACAUCCAGGCCAUGUCCGGCCCGGCCGUGGCCCACCCUCCCCUUAUGUCCAUGGGCAUGGGCUGCCAUGAGCCAGGGCCCCUGCACCCACACUCCCAUCACCACCACCACCAUCAUCACCACCAUCACCACCACCACUCCUCCCCGGCACCCCCACACCACCAGCCCCAGCCUCCCCAGCCCCCCGCGCCCAAGUACCCUCUGGGAUCUACCUCAUAUCUGCUGGACAAGCCGCUGAAGGUGGAGAUGGAGAGCUUCCUGAUGGAUCUGCAGAGUGGGCUGGGCCCCCUGCCGGAGCCUCACGCUGCUGCGGAGCCCCCGAAGGAGGAGGCGUCGUCUGGGAUGAGCGAAGAGCUCGACCCCCUCCUGUCCAAGAGCCCUGCGGUAAUCGCAGAGUCUCUGUGUGCUGCUAACAUGGACUUCUCCCACCUGCUGGGCUUCCUGCCUCUCAACUUGCCUCCCUACAGCGCCCCCAUGAGCUCGGGCGGGCUGGUGAUGGGCUACACCACAGGCCCCUCCUCUUCCUCGUCCUCUUCCUCGUCUCUGCACGCGGCCGAUCCUCACGCCGCUGUUACCUCCGUGCAACCGCAACCUCAGGAGCCCAGCACACUCACACUGCCCCCGGUUUUCAGCUCUGGGAUCAGCUCCACCACUCUGCCGCGCUUCCACCAGGCCUUCCAGUGACUGGCUUGGCUUUGUCUAUCCUACGAAUAUAAUGAGUAUAACGACAUAUUAACCCUUUAUUACCUCCUGUUUACCCCGCGUUAUUUAGUCGCAUAGAGCAGCAUCAGUAGGCCUAAAGGCGUGGUACUGCAAACCUUCUAAAGUAAUAAUAUAACAAAAAAAUCAAAGGUAAUUUUAGUGCAGAUUAUCGUUUUGUUGUGACCCAGAAAAUAUAGUUUGAAGUGGAUAUUUUGUUUAAUUUUUUUCCUUUUCCAAAUGUAAAAAUAUGAUAGAACGUGCCUCAUUUUAUGUUCUCUAAAACUAAGAUUAGGGAACAGAGGUGGACAGCGUUUGAAUCCUAAAGCUUGUCCUCUCUGUGGCUAAAGGCUAAUGCUUGCACAGCCACUGCCUUUAAAAAGUGCUCUUCAAAACAAACCCAAAAAUGUCCCUGAUUUUGUCGCCACUUUUUGCUCAUAGAGUGAAUCUGGCGCCCUCUAAAGUCUCGAUGUAUGCUGCGGCGUUUGUCCACAGGUCCGAAGAUUGAAAAUGUUCAUGCUGGUUUUUUACUUUUCCUCAAGAGAAGCACUUUUUUUAGCAAAGGCACUUCAUCUUUUUAGUACUUUUCUUUAGUAAAACCUGCUCUCAUUGGUAGGUUUCAGAGGCAGUCAUGCAGUCUUCACUGGAUGGCACAUUACCAUGGCAACACUGGAGGCACUGCUCUGUAUGAAGCACUCUUAAUCUUUGGUUGUAGCUCAGAAAUGCCUGGCAUGUCCUGACUGUUAAUUCUCUAUAUUUUUAAACAGAUUGAGAUCAGUCUAGUCUCCCUCCGCCGUGUUGUGAGCCAGAGCCAAACAUGAUCGUCCAAUCAGAUUAGUUUAUUUCACUGACACAUGUGAAAAAAAGGAGCUCAUUGGUCACCAUAAUUUUGAACAAAAUGACAUUUCCCUCACCUCAGAUGAACAGAGUUUAGUACUUUCCUCAGUGAUUCUGCAUACCGUAUUUUUCGGACUAUAAGUCACUCCGGAGUAUAAGUCGCACUAGCAAAAAAUGCAUAAUGAAGAAGAAAAAAACCAUAAGUCUCAUCAGACUGUAAGUCACACUUUUGGGAGAAAUUAUUUUUUUUUAUAAAAUCAGGGACCAGGAACCAACAUUUCAUCUUGAAAGGCAAGUUAUAGCAAUAAUAACAAUAUAAUAAAGAACAACAGACUGUUAACGUCAUAUAUGAACAGUUCUUCAGAUAACUAUAACAUAAACAACAGAACAGAACAAGUUUACCAAACUCUCCAUCUCACUCCAAAUCACUAAAUCCGUUGAAUUCUUCAUCCUCGGUGUCACUUCUGAGCAACUCCGCACAACUUCGUUGGUCACUGAAGUCCAGGCUUUGUCAUCCAGUGACUUCCCGGAAAGUUGCAUGGUGCACACUCCUGGUUUCCGUGAAGCUGUGUUCUCCAUCCCCGCCUUUCACCAGUCCCUUACAAGUUUCUCUCUCAUUUCAAACUUGCUUUCUGCUGCUCGAUUACCAUUUUCUGCUGCCUGUUUCACUACUUGCAGCAGGACAGAGGCUUUUUCUGCAAGAGACACAUGCAGAAAACUGAUACACAAGCCUAGAGGCUCUCGUAGCUGUCAGCCUGAAAAUUAUAAUAUAUAUGUCACACUGAAGUAUAAGUCACAGGACCACCCAAACCAUGAAAAAAAGCGACUUUCAGUAAAUCCACCAUGUUCUUUUAUUUUUCUCAUAAGCAGCCAGAUUUGUUUUGAUGCAGAUGGUUCAUACGUGUCUGUCAAUCACACCCAUCUGAACUCUGGGAGAUGACCGAUGACCACACUCACAUCUUCGUAAAGUAUUUGAGAAGUGUGCGUUCUGUAUUCCGAGGCUACGAAAACCUGGGACAGUGAGACAGAGAUGAAGAUUAAACUCCGAACCGUCGUAUGACCGAAGACGAGCUGCAAUAGAUACCUGCAGUGUCUGAUAUUUUGGGACCUCGGUCACAGCGUGAGCCCUCGUCUCACCGCGUCUACAAUCAAUCUCUGUCAAACAUGUGACAAACUCCGAAAACAGGAUGAAGUACAGACUCAUUUGAGGUGGUUUAACUCUGAAAUGUAUUGAAAAGCACUUCUAAACUCAUCGCAGUGAAUCAUUAGAAUGCGACAAAGAUAGAAAGUUUCAAAUGAACGUGAAAAAAACUUGUAACAACACAAUCCGAGUUCUAAGAUUUUUAUUUUAUCCAACCAUUUAAAAUUAUUUGUGGUAAUGUUUCCUAAUGUGUGUCGCCAUGGUAACUGUGCCACCCAGCGGAACGCAAGAUCAAUAUUUUGGUUUAGUGAGGUUUUCCUUAUUCUCAGGCCUUAAAAUGGUCUGAACUAGAGACAUUUUAGCUCCUCUCAAACUUCACGAGAGAAUCUUUUAUCGCAGCUGUUUUCGCGGCUGCUCAAAUACUGUAAAUCUCCAUUAAACUCCAUAAAAACCUUAGACUUUUCACAAAUAUCGAGCGCUCUGGUCAUGCUAAACCCUGACAGAUGUGAAACGCGAAGCAAACAAGCAAUAGUUGUGUUAAGAAUGUUAUUGCAGUGUACGAACUAUCUCAAAAUUGAAUAUUAUAAUUGCUUUUAUCUCAGUAAAAAGUGUAUUUUGUAGGUAUAGCUGAUAUUUUUUUUUAUGUAUGGCAGGUUUACAAUUGUAUCUUGCUUUUUUUUUUUUUUCAAAUGAUGGAUGAAGUAUUAUUAGCUUUUCCUUAAGCUUUUUGUGUCAUAUCCAGUCUUUGUACCUUCUUUUGUUAGCUUAGCGGAAUCAAAACUGUGGAUGGGAAAGCUAUAUAGGGCUGUUAGCAGCUAAUAAUCAGUUAGCAUGUGAGCUAGGAGAGUUAGCGUCAUAGGAAAUCAUGUAAAAGGAUAGAAAGUGUAUCCUAUUGGACUUUUAUGGACUGUUUAUGAACUUUUCACCAGCAGCCUUUUCAGUACCUGAGCCCAAAGCUAACCGAAACCUCAACUAACACAUGUCCACGUCAACAUUUACGAUAAAAAACAAAAAAAAAAGUGAAAAAUUAAACCUAGCACAUAAGAUUUAAUGAAAUAAUUGCUGCUUUUUGCUACGGUUGCUAACAGAUACCAACUGUAGACCACUAGAACAUUUCAAUUUGUCAUUCUUCCAUGUUGGACAGUGUUUCUUCCUCGCACUGUAAAAAAGAAACAUCUACAUGAGUUUUGAUGACUUCAGUUCACAAUGUGAACUCAGUUGUUUCAACGUGAUAAGAUGCAUUUCCCCCAAUAAACUAAUUUGUUUUGGGGACUGCAUAACCCCAUUAGGUUCCAAAAUCAACAUUUCAUCACUCCACUGGCAAGAAAUUAAGCUUAAAGCAAGAAACGAUAGAACCUACAGAAGUAUUUCUAAGACAGUUUUCAGUGUAGGCUUAUUGCAAGCUGAAAAAAUCCAUUUCAGUCUAUUCAGCUUUGGCGCAGAGAAAAAGUUUGUUUGAAGACAUUUUGCAGCUCAUCCAAGAUGCUUCUUCAGUUCUGGUCAGACCCUGGUGGACACUUCCUUAUAUCUGUCUGCAGGGAGGAGCUGACUAACUACUCUGAAACUAACAUACCUGCUUGUUUAUAGUUUCAGUUAGUUAGUUAGUCCUAUUGACCUGUACUGCAGGGGUCCAAACUUGUUUCAUCAAGGGUCACAUAUCUAAACACAGAAGAAGCAGAGGACUGAUCAAGGGCCGUAGACUGAUGCUCAAUACAGUGAAUAAUUGAAAUAUGUGCAUGUUUCGUCAGUCUUUAUUGAUGCUAAGAUCCUUAAAACCACACAGUAAAUAUUAAAUAUUGGCUUGAUCAAGGUAGAUUUUCAAAAAACUUGCAAUAAAAAGUUGGAAGCCUGAGGGCCAAGAAAAAUGUGUCUGAGGGCCGCAUUUGGCCCAUGAGCCAUAGUUUGGACAUAUCUGCUGUACAGGGUGUGGGGUUGUAAAUUGGAGUUGUAAAUUGGAUGGAGUUGUAAAUUGGAGAUAGAUGGUGUCUGAGGCCUCCAUUUCUGUUUAGAGAAGGAUUCUCUAGAACUGAAGAAGCAGCUUGGAUGAGCUGCGAAACUUCUUCAACCAAACUAACUUUCGUCCAGUCGACAAACUGAAUUUUCUCCUCGCCAUUGAUUCUACCUGGACAACUGAGGGAUUCUUCACACUCUAUUCAACAGAAUGAACUGACCCAAAUGAGGAAUAUUGUGUUCAGGAAAUGACUGUUGAAAUAAGUAAGUGGUGGCUGAGUGGACAGCACUCUCACCUCACAGCAAGAAGGUCCUGGGUUUGAUUCCCUGGCCGCCUGGCGCUUUCUGUGUUGAGCAUGUUCAACCUGUGUCUGGGUGGGUUUCGCCCAGACACUCCAGUUUUCCCCGUAAGCUCAAACAUGCACCACAGGUCAAAUCCUCCAGUUAAGAUAGUCCUGACCAAGAGAAACCCGAGAUCUGGAGAUGGCUCCUAAUGAGAUGUCCCAGUGGGUAUUUAAAUAUAGUUGACCUUCAGUCAUUAAAAAAAAAAAUCUACAAAAUCAAAAAGUAUACUGAAAUGUACGCUCCGAAACAGCCUACCUCAAAAUGAGAGGAAUAUGCCAGCUUCAUGAGUGAAUACAUCUGAACUAGUCCAGAUGACUCAAGCUCACAUUGUAAACUGGAGUUGUUUCAGUUCUUGUAGACGUUGUUUUGGCAGUGCGCUCUCUCAGCUGCUUUAGUGUCAAGGAAAAGGGUCGGAAAAGACGGCGCUCAGAGGUGCCUAAAGUCUUUGUUUUGUUUAUGUCAUAUUAUGAUAUUAUUAUUUUCUGUUUGUAAAAAAAACAGGACCUCAGAAACAACACAACACAUCACCUCAUUUUUAUUUUUAUUUUUUUCUUACCAAAACCUGGGGAGAAGAAACUAUACUUUUGCACAAUAGCUUCUUUUAAUGUGAUUUAUUACAACAUUUUAUUGUGUUAGCCCUUGUUUAAUAACCAAAUCAUAUCCAGUAUAUUAUCUGCAGUAUUUGCUAGGGUUGUCAAAAAAGAUACUCAUCGAUACCAAAACUAGGAUCGAAACUAGAUGCUCAUUUGAACCAGGCCAACUAAUCUCAUAGAAGCUUUAUCAAGACUAGUAUGGAUAUGGUAAUAUAGAUUUAGUGUAGAAAGUUACAUUAUAUUGUCUAAAAUGUAUUAUUAUGUAUUAUCAUUAUGGUAUAAAAAUCAGAAUCGAGUAUCGAGCCCAUCCCUUCAUAUCCAAAUCAAGUUGUAGUAUUAGUAUCAUGACAACACUAGUAUUUACUGCCCCAAUGUGUCAAUCAAACCCCAAGUUUAACAGAAGUGAGGUUAAAUCACUAUAAUGACAUUUGACUAGUCGACCCCUGGAACACCAUUAGUUGAAUAAUGGUCAUUUUUGAUCAAUAUUUAGUUGAUCCUAAAUUUUUUUGUCUGUACUUUUGGUUUUUUGGAAUCACAAAAUAUUAAAAGGAAAAAAGACAAGAUUUGAAAUUUUUAGAAUCUUUUAAAAAAAGGUAAUCUCUGAGGCUUAAGCCUAAUUUGUAGCAAUCAAAUCGAGCAUUUAUAGUUUUCUUUAUUCUUCAAAAUGAGUCCUUAAAAUAUAAAAUGAUAAAAAUAGAAGCUGUUGAGAGGGCUCUGGCUGCAGACCUCCACCCAGGGGACCCUCACGUGACAUACCUGCAUCCUCUUUUCAAAGUAUUUUUACAAACGUUAUCAUAGCUUUACUCUAAAGACCUGCUCAAACCCUCCUGAACUUAAUCAUUACAGACUUAUGCCUAAUCUUAAAGAACCCGUAUUACACUAUUUUCUCAUCUUUGUUAUAAUUUUUGUUUCCUCAUCACAAACAGACCUGGAGUUGUGUUUGGUUUCCUUCACAACUCUGCAGAUUUAGGCUGAGUACUUCUGUGAAACACAAAACGCUGUAUUCCACCUUGUGAUGUCAUGUUGUAGUAGUUGUUGUAGGAAGUGCUCCUGUAUGUUUUUAAACCCCACACACCUUCACUAGAAUCAUUUCGGUGAUUUCACUGUGGAAUUGCCAGUCUCUACUGAACAAAAGGUAAAAGGAGCUGUUAACUUGAAAACUACGCUUUCAUGACAUCACAAGGUGGAAUAGGGCAUUUUGAGCUUUGGAGAUGUAUGUUUUAUUGAGAACUUCUGAGGAGGUAACAACAUUAUAACAUGGUUUAAAGCUCACGGGAGUAAAUUUUGCGUAAUAUUGGACCUUAAACCAGACACACACACAACUAAAUGAAAUAUUCCAGUUUGGAGAAACCAAAACCAAGUCCCAUUACACAUCAGGAGGUAUCGCCAUGUAUUGGGGUUUAAAUUAAGGUGACCAGACAUCCUGAUUUACCCGGGACAGUCCCAGUUUUAAGAUCUGCGUCCUCUGUCCCAGCAGAUUAAUCCAAAACUAGUGAUUUGUCACAGUUUUAUACAAGAAAUGUCCCAAUUUGAUUCCUUCCAAGGCUUAAAAAACAGAAAAGCUGCUUAAAAACGACCAAAACACAAAGAAAAUGUGACUAUACUGGCUCGUGUUAGUCAUGAAUGGUGUCUGCUUAACAAUUUUCCUUAAUUACGCACUCCAUUCACAAUUUUAUUAUUACCAACAACCAGUGUUAGGAAGGUUACUUUUAAAAUGUAUUCCCUUACAGAUUACAGAUUACAUACCCCAAAAUGUAGUUUGUAACAUAAUCCAUUAAAUUUCUUCAAGUGAGUAAUGUAAUCUGAAUACUUUGGAUUACUUGAUUUGCUGUAGAGAAGCAAAGACUCGGACAUCUUUACAUAAGAUGUUUUAUCUGCUAAAAGAAAAUUAAAAGCCCAGACUUUACAUAACCAAAUUAAAAAUAUUGCUAGAAGACAAGGAGACACGGUCCACACGGCAGAGUUUAGUCCUGUUAAAUCCUGUUUUAGUCCUGGUUUAGAUCUAGUUUAGACCUGGUUUUAGUCCUGGUUUUAGUCCUGGUUUAGACCUGGUUUUAGUCCUGGUUUUAGACCUGGUUUUAGUCCUGGUUUAGUCCUGGUUUAGACCUGAUUUAGAUCUAGUUUAGACCUGGUUUCAGUCCUGGUUCAGUCCUGAUUUAGCCCUGGUUUAGUGUCCGGCAAUGAAUGGAAAAAGGGAUAUAGCCCAAAAUGUGAAAACAGGAAAAUACCGCCAUGUAAUCCAUUUAUUUCAACAAAGUAACUGUAAUCCAGUUACCACUCACUGAAACAGAAACUGUAACUGAAUACAGUUACUCAUAAUUUGUACUCUGAUUACGUAACUCCAGUACAUGUAAUCUGUUACUCCCCAACAACACUGCCAACAACCAAAAAAACUAAAGAUAUUCCAGUUUUUUAUUUUGAAAUUCUGGUCGCCCUAGUUUAAAUGUGCUAUCUUCGGAAUUCUAAUAAGAGUAAAGAACAUGUCAUAGUGAACUAAAGCCACAACUGGUUAAAAAGUGUAACAAAAUGGAGUAAAAAUGAAUAAAAACGUUGGAGAACGUGCGGGUGGAGGUGUUCGGCCGCGCUCUCUCGAAGCUGUUGGCAUGUUCCAGUUUGUCCUCCCUGGGUUUCUGUGAGCUAAUCUGAAUUCUAUAGCACUUUCAACAAGAGUAUUUUCUUUAAAGUUUUCAGCUGUUUAAGUUUUGUAUUUUGAUCCUGUAUAUGAACGUGCCAUUAGUUUGAUGUGUAGAACUUUAUCGACUUUGUGUAUUUGCUUCUUUGGAAUAACAGUAUUUUUGAUAAACUUCCUUCACUAAUAUUCUCCUUUUAAAACUAUCCCGUUUUUCCUGGAGGAGGCGGUAUUCUCUCUCCUCCUAAAUUUAUAUCAUGAUUUUUUUGUUUUUGUUUUUUUUCGCAGCCAGUUGCUAAUGCUAACAGGCUAACAGGGCUACAUGUGGCUAACAGAGGAGCAUGUGCACAGUAUGCUAACGUUACAUAAACACACACAAUAAUGACAAUUCAUUUUGGCUGAUACAAACGAAAUAAAAUCGCUAUAAUUUUACCUCAUUGCUUUAUUAGUUGUAAAACUUUAGAUGGAAUGAGGACAGGAGGCAUCUGGGGAGAGGGGGGUCUCCUAAAACGAAAGUACUUAGAAUUGAACACACUGAUUCAUCUAAUUAGACCAGUUUUAAUCCUGGUUUAGUCCCAGUUUAGUCCUGAUUCAGACAUAUUUUAUUGUCUGGUUUAGUCUUUGUUAAGUCCCGGGUUUAGUCCUCAGAUUAGUCCUGGUUUAGUUUUAGUUAAAUCCUGAUUCAGACCUGGUUUAGUCCUGCUUUAGUCUCUUGAUUAGUCUUGGAUAAGUUAUGAUUUAGUCCUGGUCUAGUCCUGUUUUCACCCUGAUGUAGUCCAGGUUUAGUCCUGCCUCAAACCUGGUUUAGUCCUGGUUUAGUCCUGGUUUACACCUGUCUUAGUCCAAGUUUAGUUCUGGUUUAGUCCUGGAUUAGUCCCUGUUUUCAUCCUGAUUUAAUUCUAGUUUAGACUUGGUUUAGUCCUGGUUUAGUUCCUGUUUUCAUGCUGGUUUAGACCUGGUUUAGGCCUGGUUUAGACCUGAUUUAGACCGUUUUUAGACCUGGUUUAGACCUGGUUUAGUCCUGGUUUAGACCUGGUUUAUACCUGGUUUAGUCCUGGUUUAGGCCUGGUUUAGACCUGAUUUAGACCGUUUUUAGACCUGGUUUAGACCUGGUUUAGUCCUGGUUUAGACCUUUUUUAGUCCUGGUUUAGACCUGGUUUAUACCUGGUUUAGUCCUGGUUUAGUCCUGGUUUAGACCUGGUUUAGUCCUGGUUUAGUCCUGGUUUAGACC